GUCAUUAUCAUUUAUCCGUUUGAAAAUGGCGAAUAUCGUAGGAUAUCCUUCACCUAUUUCGCGAGUCGAAAUACCGGUAGCUGUUCUUUUCGCUGUUUUCGCCGCUGUCUCUGCAGGAAUCGUUCCUGGAGCAGCUGUAGGAGGCCACAGUGUCAGUUCUCGCAGACAAGAUGAUUUCGGCAACUACGCCUUUAACUACAAUAUUGUGAACGGAGUCGGUGCCACCAACGGACGUAGCGAAGUAGGUGACGGCUGGGGUAACAAGAGAGGAUCUUACGUCAUCGGUGACAUCGACGGACGUGCCAGAAGAGUCGAAUACGUAGCCGAUGCCGCCGGAUUCCGCGCCGUGGUCAAGACUAACGAACCAGGAACCGCUUUGAGCGCUCCAGCAGCCGCCGCCAUUGCCUCCCCCUACACCGGACCCAUCUCUGGAAGUCCAGCCGUCGUGGCUCACGCUCCAGUAGCAGUUGCCGCCGCCCCCGUGGCAGCAGUGGCAGCCCCCGUAGCCGCUUUCGGAUACAAGGGUGUCGUUGGAGCACCUUUUGGUGCUUACGGCGCUUACGGUGCAUACGGCCAGCGACGCCUUCCCUUUCCAUCAGAUCUCAACAUGAUCCAAAUCGUUUGUUUCGCUUUUCUUUUGGCCGUCGCAUCCGCAGGAUACGUAGGAGCGGGCGUCGGAGGACACAGCGUUAGCUCCAGGAGACAAGACGAUUUCGGAAACUAUGCCUUCAACUACCAAAUUGUGGAUGGAUUAGGUGCCACCAACGGACGUGCCGAAGUAGGCGAUGCCUGGGGCAACAAGAGAGGUUCUUACAACUUGGCAGACAUCGACGGACGUGCCAGAAGAGUCGAAUACGUCGCCGAUGGUGCCGGAUUCCGCGCCGUGGUCAAGACUAACGAACCUGGCACCGCCUUAAGCGCCCCAGCAGCCGCUGCAGUGGCAUCUCCCUACACCGGACCCGUCUCCGGAAGUCCCGCUGUCGUGGCUCACGCACCCGUUGCGGCAGUCGCAGCAGCUCCAGUUGCAGCCGUCGCAGCUGCUCCAGUUGCAGCUAUCGCCCCAGCCGCCGUUGGGGUGGCCCCCGCCUUUGCCGCCGGCGUGGUAGCCAAGGGUGUGGUGGGUGCACCUUUCGCCGCAGGAUACCUCGGAGCUCCCUAUGGAGCGGCGGCUCAUUACGGAGCGGCGGCCCAUUAUGGAGUUUUGGGCGCACCCGCAGUGGCCGGACACUUCGGAUUAGGAAAUAAAGGACUCUUCCAUGGGAGAGAAAUCAUCGCAUUGCUAUCACUUUCAUCAAGCAUCAUGUUCAAAAUCGCUUGCUUCGCCGUUCUUUUAGCAGUCGCAUCAGCGGGAAUUAUUGGUCCUGCUCUCGGAGGCACCAGCGUCAGUUCCAGAAGACAAGAUGAUUUCGGAAACUACGCCUUCAACUACCAAAUUACGAAUGGAGCGGGUGCCACCAACGGACGUGCCGAAGUAGGUGAUGCCUGGGGCAACAAGAGAGGUUCUUACAACUUGGCAGACAUCGACGGACGUGCCAGAAGAGUCGAAUACGUCGCCGAUGGUGCCGGAUUCCGUGCCGUGGUCAAGACUAACGAACCUGGCACUGCCUUGAGCGCCCCAGCAGCCGCUGCAGUGGCAUCUCCCUACACCGGACCCAUCUCCGGAAGUCCCGCUGUCGUGGCUCACGCACCCGUUGCAGCAGUCGCACCCGCUAUUGCCGCAGCUCCUGCCCUCGCCGCAGCUGCCGUCCCAGCUAUUGCUGCAGCUCCAGCAAUCGCCGCAGCUCCCGCUGUCGCAGUAGCACCCGCCUUUGCUGCUGGUCCAGCUUUUGCAGCAGCUCACGGUUUCGCUGCUGGUCCAGCUUUUGCCGCAGCUCACGGUCUGGCUGCUGGUCCAGCUUUUGCCGCAGCUCAUGGUCUCGCUGCUGGUGCUCACGGUCUUGGUAAAAUCUGGUAAUCACCGAAAACGAUAUCUGAAUUGUUGCAAUACGCUUUUCUUGUAAUUACACAAAUGUUUUGUCUGCUUUAAGCUUUGUUGUUAUUUUUACAAUGUAAUACAAAAAUUUUAUGUAAAGAAUUAUGGAUCUCA